UCGUACAUCUGGGAGCGCGAGUGCCAGGGCCAAGGGUGGAGGGCAGGGACAGGGUACACAGACGCAUAAGAGUGCCAGGGCCGAGAGUGCCAGAGUGCUUGCUGUCUUUUAUGCUUCCCCGACGAGGCCCGAGGUGAUGACGGCGCCGCCCAAGCCCUGGGAGAGGCUGGGGGACGUGAACCACCGCCAGGCCACCUACCAGCCCGACCUGACCCCCUCGUUCAUGCCCUCCUCCCCACACAUGAUGCCCGGGCCAGGUGGGGGAAGCAGCAUGCCCGGUGCCUCAGUGCGUCCCCCCCUGCCCCCCCGACCCGCCACCACUGCUCCCUACAGCACCUAUCCUCGCCCAACCUAUGGCGGCUAUGGCAACAUGGGGAUGGGGAUGGGGAUGUAUGGGGGCACCUACAGAGGGUUUGGCCAGUACGGGAUGAGCGGGCUGCCUGAUGUCAAUGACGAAAAUGGGUUCAUUCAGCUUGCAGAGAACAGUUCACGGCAGGCCUUCCAGAGCAUAGAGAGUAUUGUUCACGCUUUUGGCUCAGUUAGUAUGAUGCUGGAGUCCACGUACCAUGCUGUUUAUAGUUCAUUCCGUGCCGUGCUUGGCGUGGCAGACCAUUUCAACAGAAUGAAAUCACAUUUUGCUCAAAUAUUUUCUGCACUUGCUGUUGUUCGGACCCUGCGAUGGUUGUACAACAAACUGUUGUUUUUAAUUGGUUUGAGAUCUCAGGACCCCAGCUUGGAGGCAGUGUGGCGCAAUGCUAAUGCCAGUCUUCCAAAUGCGUCACAAAUCACUGAGGCCGACAUCAAAGCCUCCAAGUCAUCGUGGCCAAUCGUGCUGUUUCUUGGUGUUGUGUUUGGUGGCCCAUACCUCAUCUGGCGGCUGCUGUCCUCCCUGGUCCCUUCAAAGGCCAAGUCCAGUGCCUGGAUGACAGGGCAAGAGGAGCACUUUGCAGCAGUGGGCCAGUACCCUUUCCAGGCAAGGAUGAAGAAUGAGCUGUCUUUUGCUGCUGGGCAGCCCCUUAUUUUGGCACCUAAAGACCAACAGCCUAGUUACCAGGGGUGGUUGUUGGCCUCCAAUGGCAGCAAUGUGGGACUGGUGCCUGGAAAUUACAUCAAGAUCCUUGGCCUGCGAUCUCCUCAGCCUCAGCAGGAAAGCAACCUCCAGAAACAAGGUAACCAGUUGGUGGCUGCCGGAAUCCCCAGCAUCCCAUUCCCUCACCAAGGGCAACGCCCAGCCAUGGCUUCACAUAGUGGCACCACUGGGAGGAACUAUGGCACUCAGCCAGGCAUACCAUACACCCAGCAUAGGCUGCCUCCACCAACCCAGACAGGAGUGCCGCUAAGAACUUGGCAGGGACAGGGAGCACCAGUCAACACACAACAGGGGCAGAGAAUACCACAACCUUUACAGCAUGGACAGGGGCCUCCAGUAACCAUGCAUCAUGGAGAGGAACCCAGACUAACCAUGCAGCAAGGAGAGGGACCCCCACUUACCACACACCAGGGUCAAGGGGCACCAUCAAGCACACAGCAGGGGCAGGGAGCACCAAUAGUCACACAGCAGGGACAAGGGACAACACUAAGUACACAGCAGGGACAAAGGGCACCACCUAACUUACAGGAGGAUCAGGGAGCACCAUUAAGUACACAGCAGGGACGAGGGACAACAUUGAGUACACAGCAGAGACAGGCAUCACACAUACUUACACAGCAGGGACAGGGGACAACACUAAGUACACAGCAGGCACAAGAGCCACCACCACUCACACAGGGGCCAACACCGGAGAGUUCACAAAGCCCACCCCCAGCACCCCAACAGAGCAGACUUGCAGACACCCCACUACCUCCACAGUACACACCACUCAUCCCAUCUGGGGGUGAGGGUGCAGACUCCACACUGAAAACAAGUCAAUCCAGGGGUGAAGAAUUUCAUUCAGAUUAUUUUGAUGAUGAAGAUUUAGAUAUAGAGAAGGAAGAAGAUAAUGCAGAGAAGGAAUAGCCUCUCUAGCUGCAUUAAUUUUCCUUUUAAGAAUAUCUUGGUGCUCUUAUAGCUUAUUCCGUAUAAUGGAAUGAAUAGUUAUCAUGUCAUACUCUUAAAUAAUCCACCAAUUAUAAGAAUGUUCAAUUACUCAGUGCAAAGAUCCAAAUACUUUUAUGUCGUGGUGUGUGUGUGUGUGUGUGUGUGUGUGUGUGUAUGUGUGUGCAGCUUUUUAUUUGAUGCCCUCCCUUUAAGGUUUGGGCACAGGAAAACAAUUCCCUUCCUUGCUUUUUCUAUACACACAACCUUUUCCUAUCAUGACUCAUUAAUUUCUUCGGCCUUAUGAAUAUGGAGUACUUCACAUCUGAGUGGCUGUGUUUGGCCAUUGGAAACUCUAGUCUGUAGUAGGACAUCUUAGCCCUCAUUUUUUAGUGUUGUGAACAUGACCUUCAGCUGACAUUAGGUGACUGAUUUGUCUUUCCACGUUGUAAAUGAACUUGGCUAUAAUAAUCUUUACCAGGGAUGAGAACAUUAAUGUGAUGCUAAAAUGUUUGAUAUAUUCAGCAUUUUUGUGGCUUAAAUAAAAUGAGAGCAUUCUUUAACACAUCACAAACUGCUUCAUGUUGAAGCCAAUUUAUACUAUGUUUUGUUCUAUGUGGCCAGUAAUGGAACUCUGGCGUUAUAACUUUUUAUUUUCGCUCUUUAAAACAGUAGGAAAAAGGACGAUGGGAUUGGAGAAGUGUUCCUUGCACCUAGUAUUAUGCAUCAUCAAAAUAGUGCAUACAAUAUUAGGAUGUCACCACAUACGGCCAUCAAGGUCACUCCAGCUGUAAAAAUAUAAUAAAAUAAAAAUGAAACUGUAUUUACCAUCUUGACAGGUAAAUGGUAACUCUGCUGGUAGUCAGUGAUAAAGUGUAGUGCACCUGUGUUCAUGUGAGGGAAUGUACCCAGCUUCACCAUCCACAGUUGGGUAAUGCCAGUGGGUAUAAGCAAGCAGUUUGCCUGUUGACAGGCUUACUGGUUGUGCCCCCAGGCAAAUGAGUAAAAUGCCUGUGCUGGUGGGUGAUGUUUCACCAGGCACUGCUUGGUAGUAUGUUGCUGCCAGACACAAGUUGACACCUUUAUUUUCAUUUUGUACCUUUUCUUUUUCAUACAUAGUAAUAAUGGUAAUGCUACACAGUGCUAGCUUCUUGCAGUCCUUCCUGGUACACAUAAUUGUACUGCACACGGCCUUAUCAAGAGAAACCACCCUGUCUGGCUGUCCAGCUUUGACUGGGCCUGACACUGCCCUGUGGAGGAGAAUACAACUGUGCCUGUGGACUUUGCAUGGUGUAGGCCAAACCCCACCAGGAAGUGUCUGGUUGUGCGGACGGGGCUUCAGAUGAACUCUCACAAGCUUUCCAAGAUAAAUGUGGAAAAAAAAGUUACACUAGCAAGAGGAGGAAAAGUGCACAAAAUAGUUUUCUGAAAAACUCAGGACUUGAGUUCUCCAAAUGACAUGAUAGAAAUGCCAAAAAUAAGGUGGCUCAUUAAAGCUGUCUUUGAGACAUAGGGGGGUGAUGAAGUAGGAUUAGGAAAUGGAAAGUGGUGAUGUUUUUGAGAAUGAAGUGAACAUUAACCCUUAGGUCCCUUUCACACAAGUGGUUUCUGCCACUGCAGUGCGUGCCAGAUGGUUUAGCUUUACAUUGACUCCUAUGGGUGCGUUCACACGAAGCCGGAGUGGCAGGACUGCUGCUCCGCCAGCCGCACCCUGGCGACUGCCAGCAAGACCGCAGCGGCAGAAAUGCCGCACAUCAGUUUCGGUGACCAUGUGUUGCUAUGUGCGCGUUCACACAUGCGGUGUUUGCCGCAUGCGGCGAGGGAUAGUUGUCUGUGAACACUGGGAGGAAAGGCACGCUCCGGCGAGCGGCAGCCGCAUGGCACCUGGACAUCUACUGUCAAGUGCAGUGUCUGCUGCAUCCGCUUCGGUAUCUCCUUCAGUCAUAUUUGUAAUCCUCUCUUGAGGGAUCCCACAAACAAGGCCGUCUUUCAAUCUCGGAGAUCAGCAGCUCCGUGUCAUGAUAAUUUUUAAUUAGCCAUAACCCUGAAAUUUAUAUGCAGAUGUUUGUUGUACAGAGGUAUACAGAAUUAAUAUGUAAGACAUUUACAUUUUCAAUAUCCAUUAAUUGAAAGUUCAUAAGAUGGAAAAUAUAGUGCAUACCAGCUUUUCCAAUGAUGCAGACAAAGUGGUCACGUGCCCUUCCUCCCAGUGUUCACAGACAACUAUCCCUCGCCGCACGCGGCAAACACCGCAUGUGUGAACGCGCCCAUAGCAACACAUGACCACCGAAACCGCUGUGCGGCAUUUCUGCCACUGCGGUCUUGCUGGCAGUCCGGCAGGGUGCAGCUGCCGGAGCAGCAGUACUGUCGCUCCAGCUUCACGUGAACGCACCCAUAAGAGUCAAUGUAAAGCUAAACCAUCCAGCACGUGCCACAGCGGCAGAAACCACUCGUGUGAAAGGGGCCUUAGACAGCAGCAGUACUUGAAGAGUAGCUCCUCCAAAAAUUAAUCAUCUAUAUAUAGUCACUGCCGACCUUAGGACCGUAGCAUAAAUAUAUUCACGCUGCAUAAUGUAUGUUUUAACUAUCAUCUAUAUAUAGUCUACCACAAUCUGGAGGUGGUUAUAUUUCUGCCAUACAAAACUGAAGGUUUAUGAUUGUAUUUUAGUCAUAUUUUUAAAAGGUAAAGAUGGAGUCACACCGAUAGACAAAGCUGUGUCCAGGACUUGUGACCUGGCUCUUGAAUGUGUUGUAGUUCUUUAUAAGUGAUGUUCCUCAAUGAACAGAACAUUAUUGUGUCUACAAACUCCAAAUAUGAAAUUGAAAUAUGAUAAUUAGGUUAGACACAAAAAAUACUUUGUAGUUGGGAGCAGACUGAGACAUUGCUUUGAGUGUAUGUGACUGAUUCUCAUAACCACGUGCACAAAAAUGUUGCCAAUUAUCAUUUUUCAGGGUCUACAGUAUUCAAACAUUACCGACUAUAUUAUAGUCUCUGCUUGGAAAAACAGGGAGUUCUUGUUCGAGAACUGUCUAAAUAUAGUAACGCCACAACUUUUGACUGAAUUUAAGACCGUUUAUAUAUAGCUCCACCACCGUCUAGGGGUUAAAGGAAAAUAUAGAGUCAAGUCUUGUUUUUCAUGCAGUUCAUAGUCAGGCUGGGGUGGUUUCUCAUUUUCUAGUAGAGUGAUAUGACUUAUUUGAUGAGUAAAAAGAUGGUUCUAGUGCUCAGAAUUUGUUUUUAAAGAUGGUUGGCCAGCAGGUCUCAUGUGUAGAAAGGUACAUACAGUUGAUAAAAAUCUGAGUGGAAUAGUGGAAGCUUGAUCAGCCUGAUAAAAUUGCAAAGUGAAUUGGAGAAUCCCUAGCCUGCACUGCUUGGAACCCAGCAGUACUAAACUUAUCUUUCUGACAGACAAAAGAGCCAUUCUUGAAUUUCACAGAUAUAGGGUGUUGAGAGUGAGAAUAAGGCAAAGGUUGAGGAACGGAAGUGUAGCAUGAGUUGCGGAAAAAAGGAGAUUGCAAAUAGCUCUGCUGUGAGAACACUGGCAAUGGGAGAGUGUAAACAAGUAUGAGUUGUCAGUGAAAAGGACUGCUAAUCCUGUACCUAUAUGAUUUGGAUCCAUCUGUGUAGUAGCAGAAGAGUGGGUGGCAUAGUGUUCUAGGAUGCAGAGAUGAGAGAUAAGCAGGGGAGUGUAAGAUUCAUAGCAAGGUAGAAUUGGUGGAUGUGUGAGGAUGGGGUAUUAGCCACACUGGAUACAGGCAGGGAUGAGACACAAUUUUUUAGGUCAUGGGGAUAAUAGAAUACAAUGGGAGGGAUUGCAUCUGUGUUAAGGAAGCUGUGAGUGAGCAUGGUUGUGAUGAAAAUUAAGUGAGAUUAGCUGAAGAUAGACUGUGUUUGUUGAAGGGAAGUUAUGGUAAUUUUUACACAUAUCAAGAAAUGCGGGCUCACUCUCAAAACAGGAAGUAGCAAAAGCGUUAUAGUCUUUCUACAGGAGUUAAUCUGGUAAGGCUUUGGAACCAACAGAGCCAAUAAAUCAGUGGUUUACCUGUACUUGAUAUGCCAAUAAAAUAGAGGAGAAAAUCA